AUGAUGGGAGAAGGUGAUGACGAGCUAGAGCACAUCAACGAGCUCAAGACCCUGGCGGAGCAACUCGACGCGGUUGGUGCUCUGGUCAGCGAAGACGACUUGGUCAUCACUCUUUUGUCCAGUCUCAGCGAGUCCUAUCAGUUCCUGAUCACGGCGCUGGAGUCAAGAUCCGACUCGCUGACAUGGGAUUUAGUGACGUCUCGUCUGAUGCAUGAAGACUUGAAGCGCAAGGAGCAAGGUGGCGGAGUCUAG